AUCCGCCGCGGCGCCACACGCCACUGCGGAGUGCGGACACUGCGCAGUGCGCGACAGUCGGACCGGUACCGCAUGUAGUGGUCGUCGUCGUUGUUCCGCGUUUAACUGUUGCUUCAGUCGCUGUUUACACCGUGGCACACGUGUUAUUACGACCGAUAAUAUACGCGUGUAGAAUAAGAAGUCGUAUUAUUAUUAAUAAUAACAUUAAUUUUAUAUGAAAUUUAAACGCCACCGUCUCUCCCAGUCGUCUCCGACAGCAAUCGUUAAGUCCGGGGAGUGGGAAGGUUUUCGUUCCAAUAAGUUCCGUCUCGCCACCGCGGCGAUCGUACCGCAACCGUAGGUCAUUCGGUCGUCGUUUUCCCGCUAUCACGGUCACGUCCGCGAGGCAUGCUCGCCCGCGAACAACAGUGGCUGCCUUUAUGAGACUGUGUUUCGGCCAGUGGUGUAUCCCGUGGCCUGGCCGAAAUAGAACGACCACGAUUACCGGCGUGCCGACGACCGACGCAUUGCCUCUGCCGGAAGACUACGACUACGACAACGACAGUGUAUCGUCGGCAGUAGACGUGUUGUACGCCGCCGAAGAACCGAUGACGCGAGCGCUGCAGCCGUCCGACUCGUCGUCGUCCGCAGACAUGGCGGCUUCAGUAGAUGCUCAAGAUUUGAAAACCUUACUGGAAGCAAAGGAUACUUUGAUUCGUAACCUGGAAACGUUACUUCAGGCCAGGAACAACGAAAUCCAAGAGCUUCGGUCUCAUUUAGACAUGUUUCAAAGUGUGUUUCCGUUUAGCAAUCCAGUGUCACCCACUAGUACGCUGCAUCAUCCUCACCACGUGGUGGCCGCUCCCGUUCAUCAACAACAAAGCCAAAAUCUCGUUGCUAAAUCUCUUACGUCGCUUCUGGAUGGUAUAGCCAGGCCACGUAAACAGAGGGCGCAAGGUAUAUCUGCGGAGCCCCAGAGCCUAAGUACCAUACAAGAACUGAGCCAAAAGAAAUUCCCUACUUAUCCGAAAAACGACAGGUCUAGGGAAUUGAUCAAAGGUGCUAUUUUGGACAAUGACUUCAUGAAAAACUUGGAAUCCACACAGAUUAGGGAGAUAGUUGACUGUAUGUAUCCCGUUGAGUAUGCCUCCGACAGCAUUAUUAUUAAAGAAGGAGAUGUGGGCAGUAUUGUUUAUGUUAUGGAAGGUAAGUUUUUUUUUUUUAAUCGAAUACUAUGAAAAUAUUGUUGUAUAAUUAUAUUAUGUACUUACUACAUCUUAAAUUAUUUGAGCGUACAAUUUGGGCGUAGAUGAUUUAAUACAAAAUAAU